AUGAGUCAGGGUAACAAUAGGGUGGGUGGUGUCUUGGUCUUGUGUGGAAGAUUGCAUAUAAAUUUGUUGUUGCUGUUGCUUGGUCAGAUCGCACAUCCAUCCAUAGAUCGAUCGAUUGCUUACCCUGAACAGGAAACAUUUGAAAAGAAACCAUGCACCCGUCCAUCAGUGGAGGGAGGGGAGGGGGGUGGGCUUGUCGAUCCCACAGAUGGAGAUAGGACGUGCACCGACCGUCUCUGUGUGUGUUCCUUUGUGGACUUGUUCUUGUUCCUGUUCUUGUUCUUGUUCUUGGUUUUCACUUUCACUUUCACUUUCGUUUCCUCUGCAGCCGUGUCUUCCGUGCCACACGACAGCCCCUCUCCGUCCUUCCGGCCACUAUCAGAUCAUCUCUGCAACCCGACCACAAAGAGGACCAACGGGCAACGGACCGUACGAACAAAACGAUCUGCCGUGAACAACGACAGCAUCGUCCAACCAGAAACAGAAACAGAAACAGAGAGAGAGAAAAAGAAAGGUAAAAAAGAAAGAACAACAAGAAAUCAGCAUUUCUCUUCGCUUCUCUUCGUUUCCUACAACCACAACCACAACCACAAAAACAAUACACAAACCACAAACACCGCAUCUGCAUCUGCAUCUGCAUCUCACUCUCACUCUCACUCUGCCUCGGCUUCUUCCUCUCCUCCGACGGAAACAAAAAUACUCACACACACAAAACUCAACUUUUGUGUGCAGACCCGAUCCCAAUAG